AAAAGACCUGUUGUUUGAACAUCCGGGACUUUAGUGAUUUGAACUGCCGCUUGGUGGCCUUCUUUUGUGCGGGCGAUUUGGAUUGCUCUUAAAUUUUUUAAUCAAGACAGUGAAAAAGGACUCAAACCGAGAUGAAAAUGUAAUAUUUUGUUAAACGAUCACAUAGUGCAUCUACCAAAUGUAAAGGAAAACGCUGAUCUUCAGUAUUUUGAAAGAAAUUCGGAUUUGAAAUUGGGCAUCAUGAGGAGCCCAAGACAAGCUGCAAAGACAAGUGCUGGGAAGUCAAGGCCACCAAGAAAUGGAAUUAAAGAAGAGAGGACUUCAAAAAGGAAGCCUCGAGAUGAGAAGACUGAAUCUUCAGAUGAAGAGAGUCCCCCUCCGACCCGUCGUAGGAGCACCAGAGGGACCCCUAACAAUAAACCUCAAGACAAGCACCUCCCGAAGAAGAGAAAGGUUGAAGAUUCCACCAAAACUAAACCAACAUCUUCACAGAAAAAGAAACAAGAAUCGGAAUCUGAUUCUGAUGAAAGUGAGGCUAUGGUAUCCGCAAGAGGCCCUCGACAGAAAGUCACAAAAAAGGUCAGAAAUCUGAAGAAAUUGCAAAGAGAUUCCUCUUCUGAUUCUGAUACCAUUGAAGAGGUAGAACCAUCAAAAUUGAACAAUUCAAAGGCUAAAAAAGUUCCCAGGGAGCUACAGAACCUCGUGAAUGACCCUGUGAAAUCCCUAUAUGAUAAACCAACACGUCGUAGUAGUGGCAGACACGCGUCUAAAGAUGACCAAUCAAAAAGUGUUAAAUCAAGCACUGAAAAAUCAAUGAGAAAAUCAAAAAGUAAAAACUACAAGGAUGAUGAAUCUGACUCUUCAGUGGAGGAGGUAGAGUCUUCAGAUGACGAUGAUGAAGUUUUGAUAGUGACACCAAAAAAGAAAACUCCCAUUAGGUCCAGUAGUAGAAACAAGUCUCGGAAUGAAUCAAUCAUAGAAUGUGAUGACUCGUCUGAUGAAGAUGAUGAGGAUGAGAGUGACAGUGAAGAAGAGGCCAGAGAAGAAAUGUUAGUGAAUAUGAGUUCACAGAUUGGCAACCUGCGCAAGUUGUUAAAUACAAAAGAAGCAGAGAUAAGAAGACUAAAGAAUGAACUAAAAGAAAAGAAUGAGUCACUUGAGGGCAUGGAAGAAACCAUGUUAAAGAAUAUGAUGCUGGAAUCUGAGGUGCAGAAGCUUCAAUUUACUCACCAUAUGAAGAAGGCAACUACUCGGGACACUGGAGUCGGAACAUCAGAUGCUGAUUUUCCAACUGCCAUGCCCCCUCCACCAAGCAUCAUGUUAAAGCCAACAAGAACGCAACAAGAGAUAGAGGCUGACAAGAAGAGACAGGCUGAAGUUGAUAGAGUCACUGCUGAGAGGGCAGAACUUGCCAAGAAGGCUAAUGUCAUAAGCAUAACUGCACAGCCUAUGCACAGGCCCAAUAUACUGUCUAACACUCUGGCAGGUGUGACCAGAUACACAUAUACCACCCAACCAAAUCCUCAAAUCUACCCGAGACCCGCAGCUUCAUCUACCACAACAUUGGGUUACCAAGGUAACCAGUAUAGCAACCCACAAAGCCAAGCACAGACGCAGUCUAUGAUUGAUAAUAUCAUGAAGGAGUUGUACCCAGGGGGCGCCACUGUUGCACAACCAAACAAUCUCACCCUGGAUGGCUCUGCGGUGACAGCCCAGUCAACAGUCAAACCAACACCUGGUCCAACACCUGUACCAAAGGUUACGAAACCAAUCCCUAAGAAAGCAGCGAAUGAUGAUGAUGAUUGUGUCGAUAUCACUGAUGAUGUCAUUGAUAAGGAAAUCGAGGAUGAAAUGACGAGUACAUCUGGAGAGGAAUCAGAUUCUGAUGAUGAGGAUACUGAUGAGUCUGAUGAGGAUGAAAGCAAUGAAUCUGAAGAGGAGGACUCUGAAGAAGAUGAAGAUGAAUCUGAGGAUGAAGAAGAUAAUGAUGAAUCUCCAGAUGAAGAAAAAGAUGAAGACAACAACAAAUCAAAAUCAACAAAGAACAAGAAAACACCUGCAGAUGAUAUCAUAGCAAUAUCAGAUGAUGAUGAUGAAAAACCAAAGAGUCGUAAAAAACUGAACAUGGACAUUGAUGUUGCUAAGUCUCCAGAGAGGAGAACUUCGCGACGUGGAAUGUCACAAUCAGAAUCUGAAAAAUCACUAAGUAAAGCACCAUCUACAAAACAAGGACAAUCAAAAACUGACAAAUCCAAAAAUCAAACACCAAGAAAAACUAGGACUAAAGCUCAGUCAGAUACUGAAUCUGAAGCUAGUUCAAACAUCAAAACUGAGUCAGAAUCUAAAGGAAAAACAGACACUAAAGAUAAAAAGCUGUCAAGGUCUAAGGAUAAACCAAAUAAGGAAGCAGAUGCUAAAGAUAAAAAAGGCAGUAAAGAGGACUCUAAAGUUGAGGCUAAGCCACCCACCAGAAGAUCUUUGAGAGGAGAGGCUCCUGAGAUAAAGGAGAGUGAAAAAAGUACAAGGUCAACAAGGUCAAAGUUUGAUAUAAAAGACUCUAAAGCAAACACCAAAGACUUGAGUGACAGUGAUAAAGAAAAAAGAAAAUCAAAGAAACAAACCAGGGUAACCAAGAAAAAGGAAUCAUCAUCUGAAAGUGAAGAAGAUGAAAAAGAAGAUGCUCCCAUUAAAAAGAAAACUACAGGCACCAAAAGCAAAGAUUUGGCAUCAGAUAGCGACGAUGAUGAAAGUGAGGAAAACUCGACAACCACAAAGCGUGUCACACGACGUGGAAGAAAGAAUGAUGCUGUUAAGGCAAAAGCAACCAAGGAAAAGACAAAGAGUGCCAAAGAUGACUCAGAAGAAGAUAUGGAAGAAGAUGGGAGUUCCCAAAGGCCAACACGUGCCAGUAAAAGGAAGUUCAAAUCCGAUGAAGAAAAAGCUGGUCCAGUGAAGAAGUCCAAGAAGGGCAAAGGCAACCAAGAUAGCAGUGAAGAUGAAGAGGAAGAAACAGGAAAAAGCAAAAAGGGGAAAAAGCAAACAAAGAAAACCAAAAAGAAAGGGAAGGGCAAGAAAGGCAAAAAAGAUGAUACAGAAUCGGAUGCAUAUGAAGACAUUUCCUAUGAAGACAGCGAUGAAGAAGAAAAAGAUGCAAAGAUGAGGAAGAAGAAACGCAAAAAGAAGAAGAAAGAUGAGAAAUCUGGGAAAAAGAAAGGAAAAGGAAAGAAAGGAAAGACUAAGGAAACAACUGAUGAGGAAUCUGAUGAAGAUGAUGAAAAAGAUGGUACCCCACAUGGACGUAGGAAUAUAAAGCGUAUCCUGGGAAAGAAGAAACUCAGCAAAAAGACAGUCAGAGCUGAAAAAGAAGAAGAGGAAAGACGUGAGCGUGUAAAGAAACAAAAUGAAAAGUUUAAGAAAAAGACGGUGAUUGACCCAAAGUCACCCACAAAAUGCCCAAUUACAACCAAACUUGUGCUGGAGUCACAUAGCAAAACAAAUAGGUCGAUCAUCAAGGUGAACUCUAAUCUCAUCACCAAGCUGAAACCCCACCAGGUUGAAGCUGUGGAGUUUCUAUGGGAUUGUAUAGUAGAGAAUUUGAAGACAAUGAGGUCGUCUACUGGCUCCGGUGCAAUUCUGGCUCACUGCAUGGGUCUUGGGAAGACUCUUUCGAGUAUAAGUCUAGUCCAUACAUUACUAAGUCAUCAGAAUCUUACUAAGAUGAAGACGUGUCUUGUUGUGUGCCCCCUUAAUACGAUACUCAAUUGGGUGAACGAAUGGGAGAAGUGGUUUGAUGAGGAGGACCAACUGGAUGUUUAUGAGCUAGCCACUGCAAAAGACAACAAAGAACGAGGGAUUAGGCUCCGCAAGUGGACAAAGAGUGGGGGUGUCAUGGUUAUGGGCUACUCAUUGUUUAGGAUAUUAGCCAUGUCUAACACGAAGAGUAAAGCCCUUAAGAAAACAUUCGAAGAAUCACUUAUAAAUCCAGGUCCAGAUUUGGUGGUUUGUGACGAGGGUCACAUAUUAAAGAAUGAGUCGUCUGCAAUAUCUCAGUGUAUGAAUAACAUCAGGACUCGCAGGAGGAUUGUCCUCACAGGAACACCAUUGCAGAAUAACCUCAUUGAAUACCACUGCAUGGUUAACUUCGUGAAGCCCAACCUACUUGGUACAACCAGAGAGUUCAAGAACAGAUUUGUCAACCCAAUCAGCAAUGGACAAUGUGUUGAUUCAACACCCAGAGAUCACAAGAUUAUGAAACGCCGCGCCCAUGUUCUUCAUGAAAUGUUGGUCGGAUGUGUUCAGAGGAGGGAUUAUUCUGCAUUGACCAAAUUCCUACCUCCGAAACAUGAGUAUGUAAUAUCUGUGAGAUUAUCUGAAGCACAAAUCAAAUUAUACGAGGAGUACCUUAGGAUCAACUUGAACACAGGACCUGACGGCAAGAUCAUAUCACAUGGAGCAAGAUUGUUCAGUGACUACCAAGAACUAAUGAGAAUAUGGACUCAUCCAUGGGUGCUACAACUCAAUGAAGUCAUCAGAGAGAAAAUCAGGCAAAAAGAGUUAGAUGAAGAAUCCGUUGACUCGUUUGACGAAGAUGAAGAAGAAGAUGAGGUUACAUCAGAUCAGACAACUACAUCAUCAGAGUCAAUCUCUAGCAGCGAGGAAUCAGAUGACAGUGAAGAUCAAACAUCAAGGAAAAAACGAAGCAGGAAGGCAAAACUGAAGCCUCGACAAGAUGAUGAUGCCAGAGAUAUUAUACAUGGGGAAAGGGUGCGAGGCUGGAGGAACACAAGGUUGAAUAAAGAGAAAAAGUCUGAUGAUGAAAUUGAGGAAUUAAGAGAGAAGCCUCCCCCUCCAUGGUGGGAAAAGUUUGUUAAAGAAGAUGAUGAAUACAAGAUGGAACUUAGUGGGAAGUUGAUGCUUAUGUUUGAGAUUGUUAAACUGGCUGGUGCCAUGGGGGAUAAAGUACUCGUGUUCAGUCAGAGCUUGCUGUCUUUAGAUCUCAUUGAAAGUUUCCUUGAACACAUGCACAAUCAGGCAGAGGAGAAGAAUAAGAAGAAAAAGAAGACUCCAGCAAUGAACAUGGAGAAAUGGGAAAAGGGUAAAGAUUACUACAGGUUUGAUGGCUCAACCAAUGCCAAACUAAGGAAGAAAUACCAGCAAGAGUUCUCUAAGAACAAAAGGGCUAGGCUGUUCUUGAUUUCUACUAAGGCAGGUUCUCUAGGAAUCAACUUAGACAAGGCAAACAGAGUUAUUAUAUUUGAUGCAUCUUGGAACCCCUCCCAUGACGUCCAGUCAAUAUUUAGAGUCUAUAGGUUUGGGCAGGUCAAAGAUGUCUUUGUAUACAGAUUCUUAGCUCAGGGUACAAUGGAGGAAAAGAUCUAUGAAAGGCAAAUAGAGAAACUCUCACUGUCACAACGUGUUAUAGACGAACACCAGAUAGAACGUCACUUCAACUCUAAUGAUCUCAAAGAACUCUACAACUUCCAACCAGACAGGUUAGAGGAUAAGAAAGAAAGACCAGCACCCAAGUUACCAAAGGAUGUGAUAUUAACAGAGAUCUUAAAGAGUAAGAAAGACCAUAUAGUCAGCUACCAAGAACACGACUCCCUGUUGGAACAUCUUGUUGAAGAGGAACUUAAUGAAGAUGAAAGGAAAGCUGCUUGGGAGGAAUAUGAAAAUGAGAAGAAAGGAAUGAUGAGAUAUGGUGGCUUUGGUGCAAUAGGACAGAAUCUUUCAUCUGGGAACUCAGCAUUUGGACUUCAACAGCUUCCAAGAGUUGUACAGGAGAUACUCAAAUAUAAUCCUAAUAUUCCACCCCAGGAACUUCAAACAAGACUUCAAGCAUUCCUCAAGUUGCAGACCCCUCAGCAAGGACUACAACAACGUCCUGUCCAAUCAUCUGCCUUCCCUGGUGGAAACUACCUCCGUGGUCCUCAGACUCAGGGUGUAGCCAUUCAGCCGCGCCCAUCAUAUGCCACCACUACAAUACCAAACCCGAACCUCAUUGGAAACCCACCUGUGAGAAUUGGACAACCUGCAGUGUAUAAUCCAAGCACCCAGAAUAUCCUUCGUGUCAGCCAACCAGGUUUGCCAUCACGGCUUCCUGGGGUAGGGACUAUUCCAGGAUUAGGUGUGGGACCAAUGAACGUGAUACGUGUCAAUGCAAGUAAUGGAACUGUGCAAGUAAAUGGUGCAAGCAAAUAGUGUUGCAGCCAAGCUUUUCAGUGCUCUAAGUGGGAUGAAACUAUCUUGUUGAAAAUAUUCUGUAUUGUGGCUGUUUGGCUCAUCACACUUGCUUUCACUUAACUUAGCACUGAUUUAGUCCAUAGGCUAUGCUAUGGCGCUCAUUGUUCACACCAAAGAAUAUGUUCACUCCCCUGCAAAGUUUGACUCCCCGGACUAUUCACAUCUGAAGUUUUUUCCUCAAUAACCAAGGUCAUCUAUUUAUGAGUUUUAUGAUGUUUGUAACACAUGGUCUGAAGGUUUGUGAUGCUAAACUUUUGGAGGGGAGUGUAAAACUGAUACAUAAAGUAAAAAAUACAAGUGUGCAGCAACCUGUACAGUAAUGGUUAAAAUGGACAGAGUUUUUGUGUAAGCAAAUUAUGAAAUUAAAUAUAAAACGAAUACUUUUAAAAAAGUACCACAGAUUUGAAAAUGUUAACAGCACAGGAAGACUGUGCAAGCAAGCAAUGAAACUCUAUAAACCAAAUAUGCAAGUAAAUUGAGGUAUAGCCUAGUUAAUAUUAACAGUUAUGUAAUUAAUAUUUUAAAUCAUUUAUUUUGUACUACAGUGACACAUCGUUUAUUGUGUUGUUUUAGUGUAAGGUUUGCGUGAUGUUUAAAAUUAGAUGGUUAUGAAGUCAUAAUACAUUUGGAGCUUGUGAUAGUACGAUUGAUCUGAUUGGCCAAGAGGCCAAUGUGAUAGAUGGUCAAUGAUUGGUCAAUUAGACACAUGUGACAUAUGGACUAUGUCUAUAUUUUCCAAUUAGAGGUGAUAUACAGUAUAGACAAUGACCUGAUUGGUCAAAUUACCCGAUCGAUAAUUGCGAGGUUUCUAUAGUUGAGAACUCAAAAUGGCUCAAACGGCCAAAAAAUUUAGAAUUCUGAGAAAGAUUAUGGUGAAGAUUAUGAAGCAUGAAUGAAUCAAAUAUCCAUAAUUGAAUAUAAUUUUUCAAUAAUUAGUGUCAAAAGUUCCGCGGUAGCUUAAUAAUGGUGCGUCAGAUGGAUUGGGCAACCUAAAAUUAUAGAUAUUGUUAAUAUUAUAUUAUGUUAUGUCUAAUAGGCACUUUAAAUGAAUUCUUAUUUAUUAUUGUACUUUUUAUAACAUUUUGUUUACUUUUUAGUACUACUGUAGUUUGCUAAUAUGUACAGGUUGUCCCAAAAAUAGAAACCUCUGAUUAUGAAAUAACUUUUUCAGUUAUAUUGAAUAUUCUUGAAUAACUAAAACAUUUCCGUAAUUUAUAACUCAGUUCAAGAACAUUACAUUGAUAUUGAAAAAAUAGUCAAAAUUCAGAUUGAUUGCAUUUUUGGGCCAUCCUGUAGUUAUGAACCAACUACCAAAGCAGAGACUAUGUAGAAAAAUGUAGAAAUAUCCUGUACAUACAACUCGUUGUAUAUAAAGUAUUUGUAUAGGUAUAAACACCUAUUAUGUUAUUUAUAAAUGUAUGUGUAGGUAUCAGAUUUGGUGGUCAUGAG